CGCCUUUCAUUCUCUUCAAGAUGUUUAAAAGUCGGACGCAGAAAUCAGAAAAAUGAUUUUAAACCACAGGUCUAUGGCUUCGUUCAAAAUGAUGUUGCUUGUCUUUUUUCUGUCUCUGUCCUCGGCUAUUCAGUCGCCGCCGAUGGAAUCGUCAGGGAAUGAAAGGACAACAAUUCAACCGAGUGUGAAUGCUACAACUGUAUAUGAGACGACAACUUUCGUUGAGUUUAGCGAAACUACUUCGUCCUUUAUGGAUUAUUCCGGAGAAGAGGAUAAUGUAAAUGCUACUACAGACGGCCCGGUAACUGUGACCGGAAAUGAGGUCACUACAAAAUCUUUAUUCGACUUCUCGGGUGAUGGGGAAAUGAACACAACAGUUCCUAUAACGCAGAAUAUUACGACCACAGCUACACCACAAACUAAUACAACGUUUCUAAUGACAGAAGUUAGUCAGACUACGGUCGUACAAAAUGUUACAACGACAGUUUCUAACGUAGUUAACGGUAUUACGGGUACUGUAGGCGGAGUUGGUAAUACAACAGCCGACAUAGGACCUGCUAUUGCAACCACAGCAGCCCCACAAACUAAUACAACUCUAACAACGACAGGAGUUAACCAAACCACCUCUCAGUUUGAAGAAACGACAUCACCUCAAAAUGCAACGAAUACAUUUACAAGUUUUUCACCGACAACAAAUGAACCGACUGCGACGUCCAUAAUUAUGGAGUUUUCUGGCGACGACACGACCGCCAUUACACCGAACGUCACAACAACGACCGCUCCCCCCAUAGAAGGCACUACAAGUGUUUUUAUAAGUGAAAACAACACAACGGCAAACAUAGCACCGGUAGUUGUAACCACACCGCAAGCAAAUACGACUUCGUUAGCGACAACCGCAACUGAUUCCGCUCAAACUAACGACCCCGCUGUUGCAACAACGAUCACAAAUCAAGUUAACGAAACCACGGACCCACUCAGUACAGGAAACAACCCAACAACAAGUAUGUCGCCAGUAAUUCCUACAACACCUGUUACCCAAGUAAAUACAACUUUGCAAACGACGAAUGCGACAGAAGCAGGCCCAACUACCCCUCAGUUGAACAUAGCAACGAACCCUUCUACAAGUUUUACCCCCACAACAUAUCAAGCAACCGCUACUUCAAUGUUUAUGGAGUUUUCCGGCGACGGGGCGACUACGAUUGAAGUCAACACCACAGUUGAGGUUUUGCCACCAAUUUCGACAACUGAAGAAACAGCAUUGGAAUUAAACGGCACAGGCACAACUCAGGUGACAACUGUUGAUACCGCUUCGACCACUGCUGGACCACUCUCCACAACAUUUGGUCCACCCAAUGCAACCGCUGGUACGGCAACUGCUAGUACAACUACUGGUACAACUGAAACCCGUAGUACUGUUGGUCCCACUGCAACCGCUACAACAGACGGUCCCACUGCAGCCGCUACAACAGACGGUCCCACUGCAACCGCUACAACAGGCGGCCCCACUGCAGCCGCUACAACAGGCGGCCCCACUGCAGCCGCUACAACAGGCGGCCCCACUGCAGCCGCUACAACAGACGGUCCCACUGCAACCGCUACAACAGACGGUUCCACUCCAACCGCUACAACAGACGGUCCCUCUGCAACCGCUACAACAGACGGCCCCACUCCAACAGACGGUCCCUCUGCAACCGCUACAACAGACGGCCCCACUCCAACCGCUACAACAGACGGUCCCACUACGUUCACUCCAGCAACUACAACCGAUGGUACAACAACUGAAACACCAACAACAACCGCCGGGGGUGUCAAUGAAUGUACAACUGGUACGCACAACUGCCAUGCAAAUGCAACCUGUAUGAACACACCGGACAGUUUUACAUGUGCUUGCAAGAGUGGAUACAGUGGUGAUGGUGUAAAUAACUGUGUAGAUAACGAUGAGUGCACAACUGGAGCACAAAGCUGUGAUACAAACGCUAAUUGCACCAACACAGAUGGAAGUUUUACAUGCACUUGCAGCACUGGCUAUACUGGGAAUGGGUUUAUGUGUCAAAAUGAGGAUGAAUGUACUUCUGGAUCGCAUAAUUGCGACACAAACGCUGCUUGCAACGACACAAUUGGUUCGUUUACUUGCAGCUGUAAUCAAGGCUACUACGGCAGUGGUACUUCUUGUACAGCUUGUGCCGAACUGAGUGUGGUGGCCGAAGAAAUUGGACGAGAUAGAAUUACAUUAGCGAUUACCUACACCCAAAUUCAAUCGGGGACAACUUUCACUGUCUUCGUGAAUGGCGAGCAAUGGCAAGUAGCUUCCGAAAGAACUUCAAUCAAUCCAAGAAUUGACGGUCUACAACCUGCUACCCAGUAUUCCAUCCAAAUACGAAGUGACGAUCUAUGCCUCGCAACGGCAACUGUUACCACAACGACAGUUGGCGUUUGUACACGUCAAUGUACGAACGGAAAAUGCGUGUUCGACCCGGUCACUCAACAACAAACAUGCCAAUGCAAUAUUGGGUCCGCCAAGUCGACUCCCAUGUCACUUAUUUGUGUCGUGGGUCGACCUUGCGACACGAAUUCAACCUUGUGCAGCAAUGUACCAAACUCCCGAUGUGUGAAUACGCCAACUGGGAGCUUCGAAUGCGAAUGCGACACAGGCUACACCAAGGUCAACAAUCUAUGCCAAUUGAACAAUCCAUGCACGACCACCUCUUGCGUGAACGGCAACUGCACCUCCAACAAUGGCAUCACAACUUCAUGUUUAUGCCCUCCCAACUUUUCUGGGCGAUUAUGUGAGUUCUGUUUAUCAGAAUGUCUCAUCAGGAAUCCUUGCCAGAAUGGUGGCCAGUGCGUACAGAACGGCUGUCCCGGGUUCACCUGCAACUGUGCUGCAGGAUUUAAUGGAACAAUAUGCGAUCUUGAUAUUGACGAGUGCGUGAACAACCCGUGUGCAAGUAACGCCAGUUGUAGCAAUACAUUUGGCAGCUAUACUUGUGCAUGUAAUACAGGGUACAGAGGUGAUGGUAACGUUAGAUGUUAUGAAAUAAUCCUCCUGCCGUUCGGAACUGAAAAUGGUGACAAUCUACUCCCUAUAGGGGAUGAUGUGGCGUCGCCUCCAACACGGUUGGAUUACGGGAUUCCUUUUGGUUUAAAGUCCUACUUCCAAAUACGUGUGACUUCAAACGGGCUGAUAUACCUGGGAAGCAGCUAUUACUACAGUCAGUAUCUCUACCGACCAUUCAGAAAUUUUGGGACUGAAGCAUCUCGUAGACGCCUUGCACUGAUUGCGCCUUUCUGGGACGAUUUUGACCCAGAUGAGCAAAACGCAGGACGUGUUUACUAUCAGGCGUACGACAAAGUUGGGUUCUCACUUAAUGCUGCAGGUGAAGCGAUCAUGCAAGAAGUUAAGAAGAGAAUUGAUGCAAAGUACAGCAUUGAUUUUAACCCAAUAUUUGUGUACAAAGCAACUUGGAGUAAUGUUGUGAUGUAUCCUGAGCGUUUCCCUGGUUUCAGAGAUUUUCCAAGUACAUUUCAAGCUGUGGUAGCUACAGAUGGCUGCGACACAUACGUGAUAUAUCUCUACAAGGAAGAUGCAAUGUUAUGGGAUACCAUGAGAAGAUCAAACAAUAAUGGGUUGAUAGGCUACACAAAUGGAGCAGAUCUUACUGUUGUUGAAAAUCAAUCUUUUUACCGACCAGACCAAGUUAUACAACAACGAGGUAAUACAGCUGGAGCAAAUAAAGGACAAUACUUUUACCAUCUUACUCAAAGUAAAACAUCCACACAAAACUCACGAUGCAGUUGCGUUAAUUGGUACCUCAAAGACAUUGAAACUCCAUAUUCUCCCCUUUCUACAACAUGUCCCUGCACUAACUUCCAAGCAAGACGUGAUCCAAGAUACGUACGUUCAAUUGACUUUUGGAUGAACAUUAUCAACAACUUUGGGUUAUCAAGGUUUUAUUCAUCAGCAAGUACACAAGAAUGGAACUUAGACAGAGCCCAAGAUGGAGAUUGUUACCAGGCAAGAUGGAAUCAGGGACCCAGAUGUUGCUACAGAAGAACCAGAAGAUUUUUCUCUCCCUGGAGGAGUGUGUUUCGUGGUGGCCUUGUAAGAGGAGCGUUCUGGAGUAGACAGGAAAGAUCCCAGAUUCCAUGGUACUCCAUAUACUUCAAUCAACAAUCAUUUGACCAGCAGUAUAACCUUGCGCUUGCAAAUGAUCUGGUACCACGUCGACAAUGUUGUGCUGAAAGUGGUUCACGUGGAUAUUGUAGACUUUAUCGAAGACAGAGACCGGCUCCAUCAUGCAGAUUCUACAGACCUCCAUUCUUUGGUUGGUUGUUUGGUGAUCCUCACGUAACUACAACCGAUGGAGCAACUUAUACUUUCAAUGGAUUGGGUGAAUACUACAUGGUGUACGCACCGGAACUAUUCACAUUCCAAUGUAGAACUGAGAAGGCAACCAAAGCUGAUGGAAGCAGAAGCGCCGCAACUGUGUUCUCUUCGUUUGCAGCUAAAGACAAUGCAUCACCAUCUGGUGUGGUUCAAUUUGACGUUGACCGUUCAGUUACUAAUGGUACAGGGGUGUUAGUAAAAGUGGACGGGAUUGAUGUAACAGCAAAUAUAUCAGAAACCAUUGACAUACAAGUAAGCAACAUCACAUUAUCAAGGGCUGGCUUCACUUAUACAGCAAACUUUCCCAAUUCAAGUCAAAUUACCGUCUCAUCUGCACAAUUUGUCCUCACCUUGGAGUUUAGUGGAUCAUCAGUUCUACAAGGAGUUUCAACUGGUUUGUUAGGUGCAUGGAAUGGAGAUGUAACCGAUGACUUUCAAUUCCGUAAUGGAUCCACUCUGGAUUACACAAGUUUGCAACCAACUACAAAUCUCGAUAUUUUAAACGGAACUUUGUUAGAAUCUAAAAUUUUCCCUUUUGGGGAAUCAUGGAAAAUAUCAGAAAUGGAAAGUUUGUUCACAUACACUGGUGGUAAUGAUACAUUCCAAUCCCACAACCCCACCAACACCAUCACCCCACCUUUUCUGGAAGAUCUUGUGGAAUCACAACGCAACACAACCCGUUUUCAAGGGAUUGUCGCAAACUGUACAAAAGAUUCAACAUUAUCAACAACUUGUUUGUUUGAUGUGUUGGCCACCAAUAGAAGCGACAUUGGCCAAUCUACUUUAACAGAUUCCAGUUCAUCUGAAAGUAUAGCGGCAAUUGAUGCUAACACUGCCCCAAACAUAUCAAUUGCUGAUGCUUUCAACUUUGUGGAUGAUUUCUUCCAAGUUCGUAUCAAUGAAACAUCAACAUUACAAGUGAAUGGAGUUGAUGCUGAGAACAACAUCAUUACUUACUCAAUAUCAAACAUUACCAACAUUGAUGGAGUUAGUAUAGAUGCAGCAUCUGGUUUAAUAAGUUGGACUCCAUCUGCUGCAAACAUUCAAACCGAUGUCACAAACCUAACUUUGGUUAUAUCUGCCACCGAUACGCUGGGUGAAGAGACCAUACUCACUGUUAAUGUAAAGUUGUGUGUGUGUCAGAACAACGGGACUUGUACCUUUAAUGAGUCAAUCAUCAGUGGUGACAACUAUAUUAUUGUUGGUUGUAAUUGCACAGAAGCUUACGUUGGUGAUGAUUGCAGUGAAGAUAGGAAUGGAUGUGAAUUAUCAGCUUGUUAUACUGGUGUUAACUGCACAGAUAACCCUGCACCAAUGGUGGGACAAACAUGCGGUGAUUGCCCUGCAGGGACUACAGGUGAUGGAAGAAACUGUUCAAAUAUUGAUCUCUGUUUAUCCAACCCAUGCUCACAAAUCUGCACUUCAUUGUUCAAUAAUUUCACCUGUUCGUGCAACUCUGGCUAUGAAGUAAACUCUAUGAAUACUUCACUAUGCGAUGAUAUUGAUGAAUGUAUGGUGUCUUCUACAUGUGCAAAUAUAAUCAACACAAACUGCAACAAUACAGUUGGAAGUUUCAUAUGUCAAUGCAAUACUGGUUAUACAAUGGGAAGCAAUGCAUCAUGUGUUGAUUUUAACGAAUGCUCGUCAAACACACAUACUUGUGAUAACAUUACAACGGAAUGCGUCAACGUACAUGGCAGUUUUCAAUGCUCGUGUAGGGAGGGAUAUGAAAGGACAAAUAACUUAACUCAAUCACCUUGUACUAAUGUGAAUGAAUGUAUGUUAGGAACGCACAACUGUAAUAAUAGGACGGAGGUAUGUCAGGAUACAGAUGGAUCUUUCCAGUGUAAUUGUGGCCCUGGAUACACCAAUGUGAAUGGGACAUGCCAAGAUAUCCUUGAAUGUUCAAACUCAACUUUAAACAACUGUGACCAACAAAGCAAUAGGUCAAUGUGUGUGGAACUUGAAGGAAGUUUUCGAUGCGUUUGUUUAAGUGGAUACACUGGAAACGGGACGGUAUGUACCGAUGUGGAUGAGUGCGAAGGUAAUUCAACACUAUGUCCUGAUGCUGUGUGCACCAAUGCGGUUGGAACGUAUAGCUGUGAUUGCAAAGCUGGGUUUGUGCUUAUGAAUUCUACUUGUACAAACAUAGAUGAGUGCUUGGAUCCAAUGCUACACAACUGCACAGCUAAUGCAACCUGCGUUGAUAACCCUGGAAGUUUUACAUGUGCCUGCAAUACUGGGUUUACUGGCGAUGGUGUAACAUGCACAGAUAUUAAUGAAUGUACAUUGGGUACACACAACUGCCAUACAAAUGCUACUUGUACCAACACAAAUGGAAGUUUUACAUGUUCUUGCAAUUCUGGGUUUACUGGUGAUGGUGUAUCGUGCACAGAUAUUGAUGAAUGCACAACAGGCACCCACAGCUGCCAUGCCAAUGCCACAUGUAUCAGCACAGGUGGAACUACAAGUUGUAUUUGCAAGACUGGGUUUACUGGUGAUGGUGUAACAUGCACAGAUAUUGAUGAAUGUACAACGAACGCGCAAAGCUGUCAUGCAAGUGCUAAUUGUGCCAACACAGAUGGAAGUUUUACAUGUGCCUGCAAUACUGGUUAUACUGGUGAUGGUUUAAACUGCGCAGAUAUUGAUGAAUGCUCAUUGGGUACACACAACUGCCAUGCAAAUGCUAAUUGUACCAACACAAUUGGAAGUUUUACUUGUGCUUGCAAAACUGGGUUUACUGGUGAUGGUUUAAACUGCACAGACAUUGAUGAAUGCACAACUGGAGCACAAAACUGUGAUACAAAUGCUACUUGCACCAACACAGUUGGAAGUUUUACUUGUGCUUGCAACUCACAGACCAUUGGAGAUGGAUUGACAUGCACAGUGCCAACUCUUUUCUCACCCAUAGUAAUUGACAAGUCAAUACAAUGCAUUACUAUCAUUAUAGACAGAAGUGCAUCCUACAGUUUGUACCAGAUUCAAGUACUUCGUGGAUCAAGUUUAGUACAAACCAUAGACACAUCUGAUGUUGCCUACACUCUUUGUAACUUACAACCUAACACACAAUAUACAUUCGCAACAAGGGUAUUGACUCCAAAAGGUUCCAACAGAAUGCUAAACACAUCGUUUACUGACAUUACAUCUGCAACCACGGAGCGAGUCGAGAUCACAUUUUCGGUCGUAUUGAGUUUAGAAGUGUUUGAUCCUCUUUUACUGGACCCAACCUCUACAACAUUUACAAGCUUGGCUACUCAAUCAUCGGCCCAACUAAGUAGUCUACUCAGAAACUUUGUCAUCUUUUUUGACUCGAUCAAAAUAUUGGGUUUCAGACAAGGCAGUGUGAUUGCCACAGUAUCAGGGACCACUAACAACACCAAUGCAAACGCAUCAAGCACUGAUAUGUCUUCUGCCCCGCUCAAUGGAACGUUUACCAAUGCCACAACACUUUCUACACCCAAUGGACCAAAUGUGACGGUGACACUAACCCCCACUGCUGUGAUUGUGAGCUAUACCGCUGUUGCGACUGCCACACAAUAUCAAAUCGAAGUUACUUGCCAAAACCAAAGUGCUUUAACAUACACCACCAACAUGACGUCACAAGAAGUUCCAGGAACGAUAGCAAGGCCAAACACUUUAUGUUCCGUUAGAGUACGUGCCCAAGUAGAAACAAACACAACCGUCGCGUUUUCAACUUAUAGCAGCCCAAAGACAUUCACUACUCCCCUUCAAGUAUUGAACCUUACUUUGCUUACACGGACCGUCGCACAAGUCACCAUAAGCUUCAUGUCAGUUGAUCAAGCUGUAGCUUACACUGUAACCACCAACCCAGCAACCAACACAACCACGCUUCCAACCACUGGUAGUGGGAUCAUAAAUGGUGUCGUGCCUGGGUUGAAGCACAACACAACAUAUACAAUUACUGUGGUUGCAACUGCUACAAAUGGAUUAGGAGUUGACAUCAACGCAUCAGCUUCAAUCAUGGUCACCACAGCUGCUCUCAUCAGCCCAACCAACAUAAGGACAUCUUCAGUUAAAUCUUCCCAGUUUGUUGUUACAUGGAACCAGUUGUCUGGGGCAACUGGGUAUUCAGUUACCGUGGUUUCUUCCGCACUAACCACAACCAGGACAACCCCUAAUGCUGCAACAACAACUACAACAGUGUCAGGCUUACAACCUGGUGUUGUGUAUACAAUAACAGUGGUUGCACAAUAUGUGAAUGGUAAAAGUGACCCGAGUGUUGCAAUCACACAAAUAACAGCUCCCGCCACCCCAACUGGUUUGUCAGCCACCAGAGUCACAACAACAACCAUCAGCCUUACAUGGAAUAGUGUACCAACUGCAACAGCAUACAUGGUUACCUACAACGGCCUCCAACAAACAUUCAACAACAACAGUGGAAAUAUAACCAGUCUUACCCCAGGAACAAUAUACACGAUAACCGUGGUAGCGCUUAACAAUGCACUAAGUAGUGAAGCAUCCACUGCAUUGCAACGAAUAACAGCUCCCAGCCAAGUUACAUUCGUGACAACAUCUGUCACUCAAACCACCAUCACUACUGCAUGGAACGAACCACCAGGAGCUGACCACUACAUUGUUACUGUGUCUAAUACUGCAAUCAAUCAGACACUAUCCACACCAAUGGCUUCGUACAACUUCAUGGACGGGAUACGAGCGGGCACCAACUACACACUAUGUGUACGAGCACAAACCACCAGCGCUAAUGGAGGACCUCAGACAAGCGCACAAACGUGCACAACUCUUCAAACCACAACAAGCAAUGCUACAGUACCCAUGGAAAUCUCAACCAAUUCAAGUUCCAUCACUUUUAACUGGACGGCUUCGUUCGGGGCGGUUUAUUAUGAACUUACCGCAACUCUAACAACAGAUACAACUCAAGUUAUGCGAUUCAACUCAACAAUAACAACUCAUACAUUCAAUAACUUGAUGCCGGGUGCUUCCUACUUUAUUGGGGUGACUGCUCAUAAUAACUUUGGAAACACUUUUACUUUUGGUAGAAUUGAAAUACAAACAAAUCCGCUACCACCAACAUUAACUAUUUCUGAGGUCACCAAUUCAUCCAUGCGUGUCACAUGGAGCUCGCAAAGCGGAAGCCUCUUAACAUUGAUUAGUGUGAAGAGGCCUGAUGGCUCUGGUGUUGGUGCAGGGGUUACUAUUGAGAGGAAUGGACAGUUCUUUACUAGUAAUGGAAUAACAACAGCAUUAAUAUCAGGGCUGGCUCAUGGGACGGAGUAUAACGUGACUGUUAAUGUAUUUGGAAGCGCAAAGAAGAGUGAUCCCACCACAGUGAAGCAAAUAACAUUACCAUCCAAGCCAAUGAACAUCAUGCUCACAACACAAACAACAUCAAGCCUUGGUUACAAAUGGGACAACACAACCGGAGCUACUUCAUAUUUCACUGAGAUAAGAAACAGUUCCAACGCAUUUGUAGCUGGAAUGAGCAACCCAUUAACACAGAUCACAUACACUGGGUUAGCAGCGGGGGCAACUUACACAACUACAUUCAUUGCUUUCAAUGAAGCUGGAAACGGAACUGAAGCCACGUUUACAACCAGUACAGUGAUACUCCCUGGAUUCAAUGUAACAGUGACAAGCUUCAAUACAAGUUCAAUUACAAUAUCUUACGCAGCUGCUCCUCAUGCUACUUCAUAUGAUGUGGUUUAUGUGGAAGGUGGAAACAGUAUGAACCUGACCACCCAAUCAACCAACCCCACGAUCCAUGGUUUAUCACCUGGUGUUCAAAUCAACAUUACUGUGUUCGUUAACUACCAAGUAGCUCGCAGCGAUGCUAGUAUCAUGGUAUCACAAUUUACAAAACCAAACCAGCCAACCCUCACAGCGACCGCUAACACUUCCGGCAUAUUCGCCACCCUAACACUUGGUGGCGGUGCUGCAUACACGUUGGUAACGGCAACGGGAUCUUCCGGUGAUGUCAUCAGUGUCAACUUUACCACCAGUGCUGACCACGUCUUCACAAACAUCAUACUUGGCACAACAUAUGUUGUUACAGCUCAAUCUUUCACUGCUGGAGUUUUGGGGAGUGAUGUGACAACUGUAGCUGCGUUAUCUAGUCCUGUAAAGACGUUUACGUUCGAAAUAACUCUAAACACAACAACUGUUGGUGCAUACACAAGUGCUCUUGCAACCAAUACAACAACUGAGUUCAUGAACUUGGCAACCAUGGUUGUGAAUGAACUGAACAUCGCGUUUAGAAACGAUCCUGGGUUUUUUAAAGUGGUGGUCAAUAACUUCUUCCAAGGAAGCAUUGUAGCAAGGUUCACGACAUCGUCCAACAGAACAACCUCAACCAUACAAACUAUGACAUCAUCAUACCAAAACAACUUGCAUUUAUUCAACUCAUCCAUAUUCAUUGGAUUGCCUACAGAUGACCUGAACGCUUGUUUCACCAACACUUGCCCUGCAAACGCAACUUGUAGUGACACACCCACCUCAUUCAACUGUACAUGUGAUACUGGCUUUAUCAAGAAUGGCAGCUUAUGUUCUGAUGUGAAUGAAUGCGAUGGUGCCAACCAAUGCCAUGUAAACGCGAUAUGCAACAAUAACAUUGGAUCCUACACUUGUGCUUGUAAACCUGGGUACUCUGGCAAUGGCACCAACUGCACAGAUAUUGAUGAAUGUGCAUUAAAUACUGACAACUGUGAUACAAAUGCAAACUGUACCAAUACAAUUGGAAGUUUUACUUGUGCUUGCAAUACUGGAUACAGUGGCACUGGUUUAUCAUGCACAGAUAUUGAUGAAUGUACAUUAAAUACAGACAACUGUCAUGCAAAUGCUAAUUGUGCCAACACAAUUGGAAGUUUUACUUGUGCUUGCAAUACUGGGUUUACUGGUGAUGGGACGUUGCAUUGCAAUGUGACUGGAGUCUUUCAAUUGGUUAUGGUUUCAACCUUUGUAUUCACAUCUGAACUACAAGACACAACUAGCAGUGCAUAUACAACUCUGGAGGCCACAGUCAGAACCCAAGUCACCAUAAAGAGUAGAAUCUCCAUUGUCAUUAGAACAAUUACUUUCCAUCGGGGAAGUGUGAUUGCUCUUCUUGAUGUUGUAGUACAACAACCAGGGGCGUCCCUGAAUGAUGUCGUCGCCCAAUUCGACCAAACAGCGGGCAUGAAUGUAUUUGCUAAUCCACCAACCACAACUAUAAGUCCAUGUGUGAAUUUACCUUGUGGAAAUAACUCCAGAUGUUCGGCUGGCACAGGGGCAAACUUUGAGUGUAUUUGCGACGCAGGGUAUUUUAAGUCUGGUGGAAAUUGCCUUCCUUUUGUGUGUGCCAACUGCCAUGCUAAUGCCUCAUGUGGUGCCACAACAACACCAGUGACUUGUACAUGCAAUACUGGGUAUACUGGCAAUGGAACAUCAUGUACCAACGUCAAUGAGUGUCUAUCAUCGAACCCAUGCACAUUGGCAACAUGUAGAGACACUGAUGGUUCCUUUGCGUGCGACUGCAAUCCUGGAACACAAUUACUCAACAGUACACAUUGUGUUGGUCAAUGUACAACGGGUUAUUGUUUGAAUGGAGCAAGAUGCUUGCCUUCAUCCGUGGUUGGAAACCCAGUGUGCAUAUGCACGGAAUCUUUUACUGGUCCACGUUGUGACCAACCAGCCCUCUUCCGCACAGUAGCGAUAGUGCUUGGUGUCAUCGCUGGUAUCGUUCUUAUUAUAUUGAUUGCACUUGUUGUAUUCUUGUGCAUGAGGAGACGCAGAAGGUCGAUGUAUAUCGCUAAAGAUAUUUGAGUUUUUUUGUAAAUAUUCUAUCAAAGUUGCCUUCCCAAAGUUGCCAUGCAAGUUAAACACGCAAUCUAUGCCACAAUCUUCAUUGUUACGUCACUGAUGCAUUUCUUCAAUCAUAAACUCAAGUUCCAACCUGGCUUCAACUUAUAUUUUACUACGAUUUUAUACGAAGAACAUUUUGCAUGAUUUUAACUCUAUAGAGACAUCUAGCGCCCUUAUGAAAACUCGUUUGUACAGGUUGUCUGACGUCAUAUUACGCGUGACGUCGUACUACGCGUGACGUCAUGUGAUGCGUGACGACAACUUGCAUACGUAGUUCGAAGCAAUGCUAGAUAAUCUAUUCGCGUCGGCACUUAUAUAUCUAUAUGUUCUAAUUUUAUUAGUUUUAACAACGAGUGUACGAAGUACAAACAACUUACCUUUGCUCGUCGCCUACACAAUAUAUACCAUGCAUAUA